AAUAAAAUAAAAAUGCAAGUUCUUCCGUAUUAUCCGCCAAUGAUGUACAACUGUGUUCCUCAUCCAGUUCACGAUCAUCAAGCUGUUGAUGUUAAGCUGGACAAUAAAGAUCUUUGGAUGAAGCGGAUGUUCCCAUCGGUCCAGGUCACAGUAGAGGGUCUAGAUCGCCGAAUGCACUAUUGCGUGAUGAUGGAAAUAGUCCCGUCGUCUAGACGCCGUCACAAGUACGUGGGAUGUGAGUCAACAAGUGGCUCGGUAUGCGACGGUGAGUCGAAAGUUAGGGGCUGGACUAGCGCCGGAGCAGCUGAACCCCAGCCCCCGACUCACAAGAGAAUUUAUAUUCAUCCUGACAGUCCGGCUACUGGGUCUCACUGGAUGAAUCAGCCUAUCAACUUCAUUAAGCUUAAACUUACUAACAACGUCGUCGACCAUCACAACAAUGUCGUACUAUGCUCAAUGCACAAAUACAUCCCCAAAAUCUGGAUCAUCUUAUCAUCACCAAACGAGAAUAUGAUGAACCUGUUCUCUCAACCAUCAUUGACCUUCACCUUCCCAGAGACAGAGUUCAUCGCAGUGACGGCGUAUCAAAACGAAAGCAUCACCAAGCUGAAGAUCGACCACAACCCCUUCGCAAAAGGAUUCCGCGAGACCGGUAAGAGCUGCAAAAGAAAGCUCGAGAAUUCCAAGAACCUGCAAGACGAAGAAGACAACUCCUGCGACGAACAGAGCUGUCGCUCCUCCACCUCAGGAGACAGCGGAGUUUGCAGCAACGAAGGAAGCAGCCCUCCGCCGAUGAUCCAGGAGGAACUCCAGUCUAAAUUCUACAGACCCUGGUUAGACGCUCCCUAG